UUUCGUCUCUGCAGCUACGAGGAAAUUGCAACAUUACGAAUUUUGUUUGAUACAGCAUAGCUUGGCUCAAAGCGGUGAAGAGUUUUCACCAUGGAGACCAGCAGAAUUGGAUUACCUCAUGGCGAAAUGAGCAAAGAUGAACAGACUGCAAUGUGGCAUCAACAGUAUCACGAUUCUGGCAUCAUGUCAGGUGCUACAACUACGGCGCAUUCAAUCAAGGGUGAUGAUGAUGACGACUACAUGAAAACACACAUGGCAUUUGAGUGGGAGCAGCCUGGAUUUUCAGAGCAGGAGAUGCAUGCCAUGAAUCAACAAUUUGUCUCAACCAGGAGUCAACGCAUCCGUCAAGCCAUGUUCCCCGAGACACUGGAGGAAGGAACUCAUAUCCCUUCUACACAGUUUGAUUCAGCAGCUCACACUGCCGUCCAGCGCUUGGCUGAACCAUCACUCAUGCUGAAGCAAGCUGUUGUCAAUCUAAUUAACUACCAGGAUGAUGCUGAUCUGGCCACACGUGCUAUCCCUGAGCUCAACAAGCUGUUAAAUGAUGAAGAUCAGGUGGUGAUCCGACAAGCAUCAAUGAUGGUGCAUCAACUGUCAAAGAAGGAUGCAAGUCGCCAUGCCAUUAUGAACUCACCGCAAAUGGUGGCAUCUCUUGUGAAGGCGCUGAACAACUCUAAUGAUCCUGAAACCAUCCGAUGUGCUGCAGGAACUUUGCACAAUUUGUCUCAUCACAGACAAGGCUUGCUCUCCAUCUUUAAAUCUGGUGGCAUCCCAGCUCUGGUAAGGUUGCUUGGGUCCCCCGUGGAAGCAGUAGUUUUCUAUGCUAUCACCACCCUGCACAAUCUUCUGCUCCACCAAGAAGGUGCAAAGAUGGCUGUCAGACUGGCAGGAGGUCUGCAGAAGAUGGUGGCCCUCCUUGGACGUUCUAAUGUCAAGUUCUUGGCAAUUGUUACAGAUUGCCUUCAUGUGCUGGCAUAUGGUAACAAAGAGAGCAAGUUGAUCAUCCUAGCAUCAGGAGGCCCUGCUGAACUGGUGCGCAUCAUGAGAAGUUAUACGUAUGAGAAGCUGCUCUUUACCACCAGCCGUGUGCUGAAGGUUCUCUCUGUGGACACCGACAACAAACAAGCUAUUGUAGAGGCUGGAGGUAUGCAGGCACUCGCUAUGCAUCUUGGUCACCAGAGCAACAGACUUGUUCAGAACUGCCUCUGGACUCUGCGCAAUCUGUCAGAUGCGGCAACCAAGGAGGAUGGUCUUGAUAACUUGCUGCAGAUGUUGGUACAGCUGCUGUCAUCCAACGAUAUUCAAGUCGUGACAUGUGCAGCAGGUGUCUUGUCAAACUUGACAUGCAACAAUCCCAACAACAAACAACUUGUUUACAGGUUUGGUGGCAUUGAGGCAUUGGUGAGGACAUGCAUGCAGGCGGGAGACAGGGAGGAAAUCACUGAGCCAGCGUGCUGUGCAUUACGCCACCUGACAAGUCGACAUGAAGAUGCCGAGAAAGCCCAGAAUGCAGUGCGUGUUCACUUUGGCCUGCCAGUCUUGGUAAAACUUCUUUAUCCACCCUCUCGCUGGCCACUCAUUAAGGCAAUUGUAGGUCUCAUGCGUAAUCUGGCAUUAUGCCCCCUUAAUCACACGCCAAUCCGUGAGCAUGGAGGUCUGCCUCAGCUUGUUCAACUGAUGAUGAGAGCCCACCAGGAUAUGCAGAGGAGACCUGGACAGAGUGUGGUAAUUGAUGGUGUAAGAAUGGAAGACAUAGUUGAUGGCUGUGUCGGUGCACUGCAUAUUUUGGCCAGGGAGGCGCACAACAGGGCUGGUAUAAGAAGUCUCAACUGCAUUCCUCUCUUUGUACAGCUCCUCUAUUGCCCAAUUGAAAACAUUCAGCGCGUUGCAGCAGGAGUACUCUGUGAACUUGCACAAGACAAGGAAGGUGCAGAAGCUAUCGAAGCUGAAAAUGCAACAGCACCCUUAACAGACCUGUUGCACUCAAGAAAUGAGGGCAUUGCUGCUUAUGCUGCUGCUGUACUCUUCCGAAUGUCUGAAGAUAAGUCACAAGAUUACAAGAAGAGAUUAUCUGUUGAGUUGACAAGUUCUCUUUUCCGGGACGAUGCACCCUGGCCUGAGCCAAUGGAUGGAGACUUCCCAGACCCAAGUCACUACAUGCCACCCGGAGGGUAUGGUUACCCCCACGAUGGGUUUGAUUACAACCAGCCUAUGGACUAUUCUCAUGAUCCUGGGUAUGAUUUCCACCAUGCUGAUCCAUCCAUGCAACCUCUUGCUCACCCCGGAGGGCCACCCCCUCGCGGUGGUACAUGGUAUGACACAGACUUGUAAGAAUACAGGUUGCUGACUUGUAUUACGACCUUGCACAAUAGGUUGUGAACUUUUUAUUUUAGACAGCUGUGGUUCCCUUGGUUUGUCUGUGGACUUCAUCGCACUGUUUACCUGUAAUACAGUUCUCGAUAUAGGUUGGGGUAUGAAUAAGUCCAGAGAAACUGUUGUCCAAAGGCAAAAAUCAGCUGCCACCUAGAGUGUCACAUGUUGUGGUAGUUAAUAGUCACAUAAGCUUUCCAUUUGCUUUAGAGCCAUUUCAGUUGUUCUUUUUGUUUUUCCUGAAAUCUAACAUAAGGGUUGGUAGAUGUCUGAGUGAUGCUUUGUAAAAGAAAACAGCAACAGCAACAUUGAUACCUUGGUUUUAAGUCCUUGGUGUAUCUUUUUGUCAUUUGAAUUUCCAGUCUAAACUGGAAUAUUUAGAAAGUUGGGGCUGACAAAUGUUUUGUGUAGUUUUCUUUCCUUUGCUAACUAAAGACAUAUUCAAGAUGUAUUAUUUUAUAUGCACAGUUUGUAAUGUAAGGCAUAUUUGCAAAAUAUGAUAAUUUUUUUCAAUGCUUUUUUUUUUUUAAUACACUUCAUUUGAACCAACAAAGUACAAAGGAUUUUGCAAACAUCACUUUUUCUGGCUUCAGAUAAAGAAAUGUCGUUGUUGCUCUUCUAAGAACUGGAAAUUCAGUUCGCACAGAUUUCUUAAAAGGGCACCUUUCCUUUUAUUUCUUACAGCUAUUAGAUGUGAAUGGCAGUUUUUUUUUUCUUUUUCAUCAUAAACUGUUUCUUAUUUGCAACCUGAUUCUUUUUGUGAUAAACCCCUUGUGUAUACUGAAUAUCCAGUAGAGCACUUUAACUCUAGGGAUCUGUCUGUCGAUUCUCCCCUCUAGCUGCUACACAUUUCCUUGUAGAUUAGUUAUGAGAAUUUGGUGUAAGAUCAAGAUAACAACUUCUACCUGAUGAGUUUGAGUAUUCUCAAUAUCUUUUUGCUGGAUAAUGUAUGGAUUCGUUAUAGAGAAGUUACCUGUUGAUCAGUUGUGGAAGUUAAAGGGUUAAGUAAAUAAUUCCUGAUGAACUAGUACUCUGAUAAACCAGUGAUUGUGUUGAUAAACAAAACAUGUUUAAGCUGGUUUCCAUAUCGUAUCAUUGUCAGUCUAUUCCAUUACUAUUUCAAUUCAUGAAUUUAUUUAUAUUUUGAUCACAGAAGCUGACUUUCACAUUACUUUCAUUAUUUUCCAUUUUUCUCUACUUUCCUCACACACAAAUGUAUAAUAAUAACUAGGUUUUUUUUUCCCUUGCGCUUUGAAUUAUUGUAUUUGUAUAGAUUGCUAUGUCACUGAGGGCUGUUGCAGUGAAUUCAUUUUAGCUUUUUUUUAGUCUCACAAGGUAGUAUAGAGGUUUUGCACAGCAGCCAUGUUGGAGGGCAGGAACAAUGAA